GCCGGCGGCCGCUGGGGGCGCACAGUAAGAGUAUAUGAGAGACCGCUGGGGAGCGUUGGCACAGCGCGCUCCUAGUAAGGGCCGGUGCAGCAUGGAGUGCGCUCUAGAUGCGCAGAGUUUGAUCAGCUUAUCCCUGCGGAAGAUUCACAGCUCCCGCACCCAGCGGGGCGGUAUCAAGCUCCAUAAGAACCUACUGGUCUCCUACGUGCUCCGAAACGCGAGGCAGCUGUACCUGAACGAACGCUACGCUGAGCUGUACAGGCGGCAGCCGUUCCUUGCGCCCCAGCCAUCGCACCAGCAGCCCAUGGAGUGCGAAGCUAUCCCCGAGCUCAGUCCGCUACAGAUCCCCGAGGAGGGGGACGACGAGAUCCACCAGCUGCCCAGGAUCCAGCCCGGAGAGCUUCUGCUUAUGGAACCGGAGGAGCAGCAGCCAGUGGAGCUGCCUCCCUGUGCGCACACCCCUCUCCCUGGCAAGGAUUUCGGUUGCGCUGCUGGUGGAGUACACUGCAGCCAGACCACCGUACUGGACCUUGACACCCACGUUGUAACCACAGUGGAUAACGGCUACCUGCACCAAGACUGUUGUGCCUCAUCACAGUGCCCGUGCCAAGGGGUCCCGGCGCUGCCCAGUGUGCCACCACCUGUCCCCAGCCCCUGUCCUACACCAAAACGCAAGUAUCCCCAGCUGGGCUACGGGUACAGCUCUGCGCCUGGGGAGGACGAGGAGCUGGAGCAGCACUUUGUGCCCUGCAAGCGGGGCAGAUAUGAGGACUUCUCCUGCUCGCAGAUGGGGCCCCCUAUAGAGCACACGGACUCUUCCAACAUCUCCAACCUCAUCUCAAUGUUUGGCUCCGGCUUCUCGGGCUUUGUGAGCCGGCAGGCGGACUCUGAGCAGGCACUCAACGGACACUUAUGUGGCAAGCAGGCGCUGGCUAGCCUGGGAGCCUGGACUAGGGCGAUUGUGGCUUUCUAGCGUCACUUCUCUGGGACUUUAGUGACACUGAGGGACUUGCUCUGGGAAUGACACUGAUAUCAGGACUUGCAAAUAAUGAGUUUUUUUAUAUUGAGAAAAAGUGUACAUAAUCCUAAAGAUAUUGUGGACUUUAUUUUUGCAAAGACAAAUUAAAAUGCACCUAUUUAAUUGCAGUUUAUUGUGUUCUAACUCGUAAUGCCGAACUGAAAGGUUUACAAAGGCUUCAGGAAGGGGAGACAGGACAGUAGUUUAUGGGUAGGGACAAAGCAAACUAGCCCCAAACUAACUGUUUGUAAGGUGUUCUUGCACCUAUUCUGUAUGCGGCUCUGAACGGGUUAAACAGCAAUAGUUUAGUGCUAUUUUGUACAGAAAGGAACAGUGUAGAGCAAACCCAUGAGCUAGAUCCCUUGUCUCCCUCCUCAAGCCUUUGUCUGCCCUGGACUUAAAAAAGAUGAAGGCAGAAAUGAUAACAUUAUAACUUUAUACCCAUUUCUAGCUGAUACUGAUGUGUUGUGACCUCUUGCAGCUAAUGUUGUAUCGGCAAAUAGGGGGAGGGCUGUAAUGUCACUUAUUCCAUUAACAUAAUGUCCUGGGACAGAAAGUACAACAUAGAAAAAGCUACUCCAACUCUCCAAUGAAGCUGUAAAAAAGAGAAAUACACUAUGUUUUAUGACUGACUGAGGGGUUCUGUUUCACUAAAGUUUUUCUGUUCUGGUUUCAGCCUUCAACUGACUUCAUAGAACCAGCAUUGUUUGGUGUUGUGGUUAAAUCUGUGUCCAAAUAGUUUUAUUCAUUUUUUUUAUUAAUUUGGCAUUUUAAGCCUUUUGUUGUAAAAAGGAGAUCGUAGGGGAACCUGCAAUGCCAAGUCACAUUACAAGCACUAUGUGUAUUAACGUUGCCAAACGUUAGAAUUUCUUGUGUUCAUGUAUUUUGUGUAUAUUGAAAUGUAUCACCGGGUAAACUGUUAAAUUUUAUUUGUUUAAAUUUAUAUUCUAAAUAAAAAGAAAAAGUUUAUGCAAA